AUGGAGCAGACAGAGGCUACUGUCACGGCUUCAGCGGUUGAAAAUGCGAACUCCUUGAAGAGGAAGUCUGAUGAUAUUGGUUGGGAAUAUGGAAAACUCGGUGGUGGUGGAGUCGCCAAGCGUAGGAGUUGCCCAAAUGAAGCUAAAUUGGCAUGCUUGAAAUGGUUGGGAGGAACAGUUAAGAAGAAGCAGUAUAAGGUUAUUCGUGAGCUAGGUUUGAGAAGUGAUGUUAAUGUCUCUUCUGGUGGACAACAAGAAGAAGACCUUACUUGUGCAGGUAGCUCUGAACCUCACAAGUUAGGUCCUAUAGACAAGUGGGCACGUGCCAUUGAUCCUAACUUGUCUUCAAAUGCAUCAUUUCAGCAACAAAAGAUAGACCAAGCACUUUUUAGUGAGAGGACACUUCAAGUCCAUCAAUAUAUUGCAAAAUGGGUGUACACACAUGUCCAUGCUUCCAACAAUAUGGAAGCAAAGGCCCUCUUGUUGAAGAAGAGGCCGAACAUAUUUUUGAGUUCUUGUGCAACCCACACCGUCAAUUUGAUGCUCCAAGGAAUCAACAACAUACCGAGGUUAAAGAAAAUUGUAGAUCAAGCUAAGGGGUUCACCAUCUUCAUAUAUGGCCACCACCGCACCUUGGAAUGCAUGAGAUCCUUCACCAAAAAGAGAGAGACUAUCCGACCAGGUGUGACUCAAUUUGCUUCUCAAUUUCUUACUCUACAAAGCUUGUUGGAUAAGAAAGAUUCUUUGAGGAAGAUGGUGAUGAAUGCGAUGUGGGAAAAUAUUAAGGAGACGAGUUCAAAGAAAGGCAAGGAGGCUUAUGACACGGUUCUUAGUGUUAGGUUAUUGAAUGGUGUGGAAGUUUGCUUGAAAGUCUUUGAGCCAUUGGUGAAGCUUCUUCGAUUAGUGGAUGGGGAUGUGAAACCUUCUAUGGGUUUUGUGUAUGGUGAACUUUUGAAGGCAAAGAGAGAGAUAAAUGAGGCGUUUAAGAAUGAAGAACUUUGUUACAAAGAAGUCAUUGCUAUUGUGGAGAAGAAGAUGAGAGGCAGACUUGAUGCUCCAUUGCAUCUAACGACAUAUCUUCUCAAUCCUCACUACAGACUCUUUGGAAAGAAGAUGGCAAAGAAUUGUGUAAACUUUGACUACAAUCCUGGUUAG